AUGAAAAUCAUCCUCGGAAUUACGGUGCUUGUGUCGAUUGUAGGAUGUCUGGGCGUUGUCUACGAUGAUGGCUUCCACUCGGAUGAGAUUGCUGCGGCUGGAAUGCCAGGGAUGUGGCCGCCGACGUCAGAAUCCACGCCACAGCAGCCGCCGGGCGGCGAUCAGCCUGGCCAGUGGCCGCCCGUGACAGACUCCCCAGACGGCAAUCCGCCGGGCGAAAACCCUCCCGGAGACCAGCCAGGCUGGCCACCGGCGACAGACGAUCCCUGGGCGCCCGGACCGACCCAGUCUCCGCCAGGUGGAAAUCCUCCGGAGUGGCCGCCAAUUGAUCAGAACCCGCCAGGUGGAAACCCACCGGGUGGAAAUCCUCCCCAGUGGCCGCCCGUGGACCAGAAUCCUCCGGGAGGACAUCCGCCAGGCGGAAAUCCCCCUCAGUGGCCACCAGUCCAACCCUGGGAGGAGCAUUUCUUCAUCUUCGCUGCCGCCGCUACCAUGGUCCUGGGAUACCCCGGCUAUGACUCCGGAUACCAUUAUGGCGGAGAGGAGCAGGGUCACGAAGUGAGCUACGAAUCUGACUACGGCCACCUUGCCUCCGAGCGCAUCUCCCUCGAUGGUCACCACGAAUACGGCCAUCACGAGGACGAACUUGUGGACUACUACGCUCCUCCCAAGUAUGCCUUCAAGUACGGCGUGAAUGACUUCCACACCGGUGACGUCAAGUCCCAGCACGAGACCCGCGACGGCGAUGUCGUGAAGGGACAGUACUCCCUGGUUGAGCCCGACGGCUCCGUGCGCACCGUCGACUACACCGCCGACAAGCACAAUGGCUUCAACGCCGUCGUGCACACCACAAAGUCUCUGCACGAGCAUCACGAUCACUACUAA